AUGGCCUAUGACGCGCUGGUCAGAAGCAUGAUUGCUGGUGGGAUACCGAAAAUCCUCAUCCUGAUCUGGAACAGCGAGUGCCCGCUGACACCGCGUUAUGAUUGCUUAGAUUUGUUUUCGGGCAAAGGCAGUGUCAAGGAAGCUCUGGUUGCUGCUGGCUUUGUCGUGGCAUCCCACGACAUAGAACUGAGUCCGACAAUGGACGUUACAUCGGCAGCUGGCAUGGCGUAG